GGCAAUUGGCCAAUUGUUAUAAAACCCUCCUCAUUGGUUGACUUCCGAUCCUCUAUUUGGCCUCCUUCAUUCCUUCAUUCUCUCUCCACCAUUCCAAGUCAAGAGAGAGAAAAUCAAAACAAAACAAAAAACACAAAAACAAAAACAAAAACCAUGCAAAUAUGAAACUCAACAACCAAACACCACCACCCGUCACCCCCAUACUCCUCCGCUACUUCACCGUCUCUCUCUUCCUCUUCCUCCCUCUCCUCCUCCUCCUCUUCACCCUCAAAACCACCCCUUCCACCACCAUCAUAACCACCACCACCACCAUCACCACCAACCCUGCAGGUAUCCGUAUCCGACCCGGGUACACAACCUACGACUCCUACAUCAAAAAACAACUCAACAAAACCCUCAACCCAAAACUCCGCCACCUUUGGAAAACCCGAGACUGGGAUCGCAAAAUACAAGUCUUCACCACCUUCUUCUCAAAACUCAAACACCACUCGUUACUCACCAACUCGUCUAAAUCUCUUUGCAUUGGCGCCCGUGUAGGGCAGGAAGUGGAAGCGCUGCGCCGUGUCGGGGUGGCGGAUUCUAUUGGUAUCGACCUCGUGCCGUGUCCUCCGUUAGUCAUCCAUGGUGACUUCCAUAGACAGCCGUUUCCCGAUGACACGUUCCUUUUUGAGUUCUCUAACGUGUUUGAUCACGCGCUUUAUCCGGCGAAGUUCGUCGGAGAAAUCGAACGGACGUUAAAGCCCGGCGGAGUUUGUGUCCUACAUGUGGCGCUUUCUACCAAGUCUGAUAAGUACUCGGCUAAUGAUUUGCUUGGUGUUGAGCCCUUGGUCAAGCUGUUUAAAGGGUCGGAUUUGGUUCGGGUCCAAAAAGUUGACGGGUUCGGGUUAGACACCGAGGUAAUUUUUCGGAAGAAAGAGAAAAUUUCAUUAGAAUAAGUUACUACGUACUAAGUUAAAUACUUAUUACCAAAUCAUUGAGUUAUUAGAGAGAAUCCCAAUCCAUAUUUACGGGUUCUAUUUAUUUAUUUUUGGGCAUGAAGAAAUGUCCAUAACAAGGUUUUUCUCUACUCUUUGUGUGAUUUUUUCAGCCAGUCUCCUAUAAAAUAUAUUGUCUGACACUUAAUUAAUUAUCAGACCAUGUGUAUUAAUAUGUCAACUGAAUAGGAGGUAAGUGGCAAUGCACAUGGUUCACACUGUCAGACCAUCAGUUACAAGAUUAUUUGUAUGAUUUUUUAAGAAGAAAUGGUUAGUGAUUAAAGUAUUUUUUUUCAAUUCUUAAGAUUGUUAAAGUAUUUUUUUUUCCAAUUCUUAAGCUUUUCCAUAAAUACUUUGAUUAGAUUGUUUUUUACGUUAGCAAAUCAAAAUCUUUGGCACAUUCAUAAUUUAAUUAAAGAUAAAUGAAAGUAAUGAUAGCCAUAAAAUCAUGUUGUUCUUUGCUUUUUAAUUACUCUUAUUAUGUAAAUAUAUUUUAAUCACACUUUUCUUUAAUCUUUAAUGACAACUGUGAUUCUUCGUACUAAUAGAAAUAAUUAGAAUUGAUUUAGGUUGCUAAAUUUCAAUUAGUGUUAAUUGCAUGCUUCACUACACUUUUUCUCGACAAUUAGUCAAUUUUCGUACUUAUAUAGUUACUUACAUAAUCUGUCGAGUGCUUCCUCUGAAUAUGUGCAAAAGCAAU